AUGCAACGUGAUACGUCAUCAUCCAGUGCACCGAAAUAUCGUAGCUUUACGUCUACGCGUGAACGCUCUCGAGUUUCUGGAAAUGCAACGAAGUUAUCUCUUGCGAGUUGCGUCAUUUUUUCAGUUGUAGAAGGUCGAGGUAGUGCACGUGGUGAGAUUGGACUUGCAAGCAUUGAUGCAUUAUGUAGUGAAUUGCAUUUAUGGCAAUUUAUCGAUUCUGCAUCUUAUGCACGACUUCGAAUUCAAUUUCAAAUUCAAGAACCUGUUGAGGUUAUUGUUCCAGAAAUGUUUAUGGAUAAGAGUAACAGUAUGAAUGCUGUAUUGGAAUUGAUUCGUAGCACUUAUCCAGAAGUAGAAAUCACAAUGAUUAAUAGACGCUAUUUCAAUGAUCUUAAGGGAAUUGAAUUGCUAAAACAAUUAAGUUCUAGCGAAUCCUCCAACAUAACAUCAGAAGUAUAUGAAAAGUAUUAUUGUAUGGCAGCUGCCGCUGCAUUAAUCAAAUAUGUGGAAUACAUACAGAAUGUAUUGUUUGCUCAAAAUUCGCUGAAAGUUACUUAUCUUAUUGCAGAGAAAUCUUGCUUUAUAGAUGUAAAUACCAUGCGAAAUGUCGAGGUGGUGGAACGAAUACAUCUUAAGCAAAAAACAUUAGGUCGUAGUCUUUUCUCGGCAUUAAAUACAUGUUUGACUAGUGGUGGAGUACGAUUGCUUCGUAGUAGCUUGCUACAACCUUCCGUUGAUCUGUCAAUGAUUGAAGCACGUUUGGAUGCUGUUGAGGAGCUCAUUAGUAAUCAACCGAAAUUUGAUCGACUUCGAGCAGUUAUUGCUGGUGUAAGUGACAUAUAUCGAUUAAUAACGGUUUGCUGUUACCUGGAAAAUCAAAAGGAAACUGUUCGUAUGGCUGAGCAUCGUAUCACUCAAAUCCUGAAUUUGCAGCAAACAUUACAUUUGAUUAAACCAUUACGAGAUUCUUUAAAAAACAGCGAAGCUCAUUUAUUCCGAUUGUGCUACAAUCACUUGAACGAUGAACGAUUCGAAAGUAUUAUGGAUAUUUUGGAUGGAAAAUUAAACAGAACAUGUAAGAUAGGCGAACGAUCCGCUUUAGCACUGCGACAAAAACGUUGCUAUGCAGUUCGGGACGGAACUGAUCAAAUGAUUAUUAUAAUGCGAAAAGCAUACGAGGAGCUGUUACGUGACAUCUAUGAAAAAAGUAAUGAAGAGGCAAAUGAGAUAUCAGAAGCGAAACUUAUCUACACUGCAAGCCGUGGCUUCCAUUUUUCUAUUCCAUGUUCGGAUCCUGUGGCUGAAAUUAAAUUACCAUCACAUUUUAUUGAUAUGGUCAGAAAUCGGGCUUCUGUUUCUUGCACAACUCGUGCACUGUUACGCUACAAUGAAAGAAUCGAUGAAAUAGUUAACGAAAUAACAAUUAGGAGCAAUGUGAUAGCUGUCGAAUUAUUGAAUCAGAUCCGUUCGAUGAUUCCAUGUUUAUAUCAUGCAAUUGAAGCAAUAUCUAUGGUAGAUUUCAUUUCCUGUCUUGCUGCAUAUGCUAUGAAAAUUCCAUCAGUUCGACCUUCAUUUUCUCCUUCAAUGUCGAUGAUUAUCAAACAAGGAAGACAUCCACUUUUGGAUAUAGCAAACGAGAAUUUCACUCCAAAUGAUGCGUAUUUAUCAUCCGAAUCACGAAUCAAUAUUAUUACGGGACCAAAUAUGGCUGGAAAAUCAACAUAUUUGAAGCAAAUUUGCUUGCUGCAUGUGUUAGCCCAAACAGGGAGUUUCGUACCAGCAGAAAUGGCUGUAUUUCCAGUUCUCACUCGAAUCUUCUCACGAAUUGGGCAUAAUGAUGACUUGACGGCUAAUUUAUCGGCUUUCGCUGUCGAGAUGUCGGAAAUGGCACCCAUUUUACGCACUGCCGACUCUUCAUCACUAGUUCUUAUCGAUGAGCUUGCCUGUAGCACAGCAUAUGAUGAAGGUUUGAGCAUAUGUUUUGCAAUAUGUGAAGAGCUUUUGCGAAAGAAGGCAUAUGUAAUAUUCGCCACCCAUUAUCUCGAUCUGGCAUCGCUGUCAACAAUAUAUCCUAGUGUUGAAAACUUCCAUUUCUCAACUACAACAGUGAAAAUCAAACAGAAUGAUGGUAGCGAAGUAGAAAAAUUACAGUGUUCACAUCAGCUUUAUACUGGUCCAUAUACUGGUCCACUUUAUGCAUUCAAUUUGGCUGAUCUGACAACUUUUCCAAGAGAAGUACUGGAUGAGGCAUACGCGUUAGCCAUGUCUUUACGUUCACAACGUAAUCAGAUGCUUGAAAUGGAUAAUGAAACACGACAACGUCGUGCUAUCAUUCGAUAUGCAUGCAAGUUACGUUCCAUGUUGCCAAUUUUAACAAAAACGGAUACCGAUGCUGCUGCCACGUAUCUUUCAAAAUUGCAUAAUCAACUCUUUCAUGAAUUGCUUCCAUUGACAAAUGAUCAAUAA